UCGAUUUUGGUAUAAAGUAUUAUUUUAUUGACAAAAAAAGAAGAUUUUUUUAUUAUAUUUGUUUUUUAAGAUAGCAACGACAAAGAGGAGAAAGAGUCAAAAAUUUGGUAUUAUCAAGAUCGAUACAAGGAGACUCCCAAGAAAGAGAUAGAAUUAGGAAUGGAUAAUAACUCAUCUUAUAAUAGAAUUUAUACUACUCCAGAUCUUUCUUUAGUAAUUAAAAAUCUGAACAGUACAGACGCCGGAAUUUACUUGUGUCAUGGUAAAGAAGGCCAGGAAGUUGAAAAUAAAUUUAACUAUAGAAUUGAACCAAUUUUCAAGGAACAUGGAGUUGUAUACGUUGAACAAGGAAAUAUUACUGAUUGGGAGAAAUAUCGUGAAAUAUAUUUAGCAUCGGUUACAAUGCGAUUUGCCAUUUCACAAAUGUCCGAAUUGGCAGAAAUUCGAGAAGUCGGAAUAAUACUUCAAGUCACUUCUGAAUGGGCAUCUUGGGGCCCAUGCGAACAUUGUAUAGAUAAUCGAGGAUAUAGAUCAAGUUUUGGAAAUUGUCGAUUAAAACGAAAGAUAAAUAUGGGCAACUCUAGAUACGAAAGUAUCGUGGAAAAAGGAUGCGAUUACAUUGGAAAAAGGUGUUCGACGAUCCUCUCGAAAAUUGGAUCCAGAAGCUCGGGUGAUAGUAGAUGCCUUUGGAACGCUCUAUCUGAUAGAUGUUUCGACCGAGGAAGAAGGAAACUACACAUGCUAUGUUAAUAACGUAAAUAUGUUGCAAGUAAAAAUCAUCGUUAUUCUAAAGCUAGAUUACUAACACAAGAAUUUUUACGUCACUUAGGAUAUUUAGGAUUCAUAUUUCUACUUUGCUCGUUUUGCUACUGCAGUGGUUUAGUUUAUACGUAUAGAAAUAGACAUAAAUUCGAGCAAACUGUUCCGAAAGAGGAUAUAUUUAAACACGAAGAAGAAUUACCACUUAUCGGUUAAAAUCCGUAAUUUAAA